UACAACCCAAUAAUUUAAUAUAUAAUUAAAUGUGUCAAGAGCAAUGACAGGAGGGGAGACUAGAAUUAAAAUGUCAAGAUGGCUGGCGUAAACGUUCUUCACAAAAAAGCUGAGGAAAUUUUCAAUAAAAGAUUCAAGCUAAAAUCAAAAAAUGAAAGAUAUUUUCUUCCAGAUAUAAGCAGUAUAUUUUCAACAACAUCAAUCAUCAUUGAACCAUUAAAUAGCAUCAAAGAGGACUUAAAUAACACAAAAAACUUGCUAAACGAUAAAGAUAUUGUGAAAUGGAGAAGCCACACAAGAAGAACAAAUCCAUGUGGUUUGGUAGUAAAAUAUUUACGUGAUUCAAUAAAACCUGAGCUCUGCACUCAAGCAUGGGCGAAAUUCCAUGAAAUCGUUUCAUCGUGUAACAUAAUUCCACAGAUUUGUCUAGAAAACAAGAAGUUAAUUAGUCUUCACCUCUGUGAAGCUCCGGGAGCGUUUAUUACCAGUUUGAAUCAUUAUAUACAGUCCAAAUACCCUGACAUGUCUUGGAAAUGGCUUGCAACAACUCUCAAUCCUUUCUAUGAAGGCAAUAAUACAAAGCAAAUGAUUUCAGGUGAAAAAUUUAUCAUUGAAACCUUAGAUCAUUGGAGUUUUGGAAAAAGACAAGAUGGUGAUCUCAUGGAGUUGAGUAAUCUGGAAUGCCUGAUUCAAGCAUUGUCAGGCCCUGGAAAAGCACAUCUUGUAACGGCAGAUGGUAGCAUAAAUUGUGCAGACGAACCAGAUAAACAAGAACUUAUCGUUGUUCAAUUGUUGUAUUGUGAGGUAGUUGCAGGACUCAUGAAUCUGGCCAAGGGAGGAAGUUUUGUGGUGAAAAUGUUCACUAUGUUUGAGCAUCAAACUAUUUCUAUUCUCUCUCUUUUGUCGUGUUUCUUUCAAGAUAUUGAAAUAAUUAAACCAGGAACAAGUAAACCAGGAAACUCUGAAGUCUAUUGUGUUUGUACAUUAUUUUAUGGUCAAGAGUUCAUUCCUUGUGACCUAAUGAGAAUACUGCAGUCACAAUAUCUUUCUACAAGACCUGAAAAUACAUUACUUCCUUACGAAUCUAUACCAAAGUGCUUUGUGGACAAGAUUGUUGAAUGUGCCCAUAUGUUCUCGGACUUUCAAAAAACUGCAAUAAAUAAGAACUUAGAACUGUUCGACAAUUUCACAAAAGGAAAAUGGAAAUUCUUAACAAAACUACGAAAUUAUCUUGCGAAGGAUUAUGUUGCAAGAUUUCAUGUUGUAAAGAUUUCACAAGAGUUCUUUAUAGUGUCUCAUACGUACCUGAAUGGAAUGCAGCUGAGCUAUUGGCCUGAAGGCUCAAAUGACAGUUAUCAUAACUCAGUUAGUCAUCAUACAGGAUCAUACAGUGAAAGAGUUGCAGCAUCACAAAUGAAAUGGUAUCAAAGAGUUAUUGCAACAUCAUAUCACUCAUAUAAUGUAGAAUCUUUGGUGAAUGAAAUAAUUAACUCAGUCUCUUCUGUUUCCUGGUUGGAACCAUCACGUGAGGAGAUUGCCACUGAUGAUAUACAAAACUGGAAUGUUAUAUAUGGUAAAACAAUUGAAGAAGUUUGUAGCUCAAGAUUUUGUCCAGCGUCAUUGAUAGAUGAGUUCAAGGAAGCCAAAUGUAAUGCUAAAAUAUUGAACACUAAAGAAGGACAAGAUUUUGUUGAAAAACUUUGCAUAUACACAGAAGAAAAGUGCCAGAAAGACCAGUUAAAUAAUCCUUUCAAUGUUCUUCAUGUUCUACAUUUAACUGGUGUGAUGAAUGAUGGAUUGUUUUAUUUAUUGGACAUUACAGGAAAUGGUCGUUUUCUCUCUACACUGUUGAUUAAUGACCAUUGUUUACUAUCACAGCCAUGUCUAGCUUUGUUACAUGAAAAUUGUGCAGUUGAUGUUCGAUUGAUGUUAGAACGAAAGAGAGUGUCAACAAAGACAUGUUUUAAUCAUGGAGAUGAAGAAAUGAAGAAGAUUAAAAGUUUGAUUGAAACUACAAGAACCAUGGAGACAAGUGAAAGUUACAAAGUGUUAGGUACCAGCGGUAGUAAGGAGGAUUUCUCAGCUGAACUUAUUGAAAGAAAAAGCAAAACAUCUUCAUCAAAAUAUGGAGUUAUCUUUGGUUCUGUAUUCAACCAUUCUUCAAGUGAUCAUGAUGAUGAAUUGUCAACAAAGAUGAUGCUUAUCAAUCAAUGUUGUAUUUCACUACAACUUCUUCAACAACAUGAUUGGUUUGUUCUAGAAAUUUCAGAUACUCUUACACAAUUUACUGUUGGAGUCAUUUACCUCCUCCAACAUCUCUUUCUUCAUUUAACACUUGUGUCACCAGCAUUAAGCACCAAGUCUAAACAGUUCCUUGUUUGUAGAGACUUUAUCAUGUCACCGCAAUCUGCUAUCGUUCUUGGAUAUUUUAAUGAGAUUUUGUGGAAACUAAAGGUUAAACCAUCAGGAGAAGACAUUUACAGUGUUGUGCCCAUUAAGAAUCUGUUUGGUGAGAAAUUUUUUAAAUACUUUCAAACACAUGCGACAGCUAGUUUGAAAAUGAAACUAGAGUGGAUCAUUAAACUAGAACAAUACUUUAUAGACCUAAGCAAUGAAUGAUUGUAUUGCUAGAUGAUAGACAGUCAAUGCUAAACUUAUUAAAAAUGGUUGUAUAAUUUAACACCUAAUGCUAUAAAUUGUUCAUGUAUAUAUUAUUUAAGUGAAUUAUGAAUGUUUACUGAUAUUUCAAGUUA